GUCACUGAGUCGCCCUGACGUCACCGGAAGUUAUUAUCGCCGCUGAAGCCGCUUACUGUUCCGGCGCGCGUGUUCGUUCUCUCUCCCUCAGUCCAGCAGAGUGAUCAGCAUGGCGGCUCGUAGAGAAACAGCGAACACGGCUCCUAUUGCUGAGACCGCCGUGAAACAAGUGCAGAUCGACGGCUUGGUGGUGCUGAAGAUCAUUAAGCAUUACCAACAAGAGGGCCAUGGGAGUGAAGUGGUGCAGGGCGUUCUGCUUGGCCUAGUGGUUGAUGAUCGUCUUGAAAUCACAAACUGUUUUCCAUUCCCACAACAUACCGAAGAUGACGUUGACUUCGAUGAAGUUCAGUACCAAAUGGAAAUGAUGCGCAGCUUGCGUCACGUCAACAUCGACCAUCUCCAUGUCGGUUGGUACCAGUCCACGUUCUAUGGCACAUUCGUGAGCCGCGCUCUUCUAGAUUCCCAGUUCAGUUAUCAGCACGCCAUUGAGGAAUCCGUUGUGCUCAUUUACGAUCCCAUCAAGACCAGCCAGGGCUCCCUCUCGCUGAAGGCUUAUCGGCUGACACCCAAACUGAUGGAAAUCUGCAAGGAAAAAGACUUCUCGGCUGAAGGGCUUAAAAAGGCCAAUAUUGCAUUUGAAGACAUGUUUGAAGAGGUUCCUAUCGUCAUCAAGAACUCCCAUCUUAUUAACGUGCUGGUCUGGGAACUGGAUAAAAAGGCGCCAGUCACUGAGAAGCACGAGCUGCUCAAUCUUUCCAGCAGUAACCACCUGGAGAAAAGCCUGCAGCUCCUGAUGGACAGAGUGGAUGAACUGAGCCAGGACAUAGUGAAAUACAACACAUACCAGCGCAAUGUCGGCAAGCAACAGCAGCAGAAGCAUCAGUACACACAAAGGAGACAGCAAGAAAACCUACAGCGCCAGAGCCGCGGAGAGACCCCUUUGCCGGAGGAAGAUGUCAGCAAGAUGUUUAAGCCCCCUAUGCCUCCUUCCAGAAUGGAUUCCCUUCUUAUUGCAGGUCAAAUUAACACUUACAUCCAGCACAUCAAGGGGUUCACCUCGCAAAACCUCGGCAAGCUUUUCAUGGCCGAAGCGAUGCAGGAUCAGACCAACUGACGCUCCAGCUAAUGCGACUUUUUACAAACCCAUCGCCUGCAUUUGUGCCACGUGGUUUUUGUGGUUUUCGAUGUAUUACCAAGUGAAAUAUAAAUACAUUUUAACAUCUCCGAUUUCUAUCUUUUGGUUGGCUUGUCUGUUUUGGUGCAAUUAAAAUUGAGGAUAGAAGAUGUGUUGUUUAAAGGAGAAUUCAACCCUAGCGUUAAAAAAAACAAACAAAAAAAACCAUACCCCCCCCACCCUACAUAGACCUCCCUCCCCCCCAGCCUAAGAGUUACCCUGGGCAAAUGCCCCUAAUGUUUUACUUACCCCUCGGUGCAGAUUGAGGAAUGUUCACAAGCUCCAUCUUCGUCUCUUCGAAAAUCUACUGAAUGAGACCGGCAUGUCGGCGCAUGCGCAAUUGUAGCAAUUUUCUGUUCCACGACAACUGCGCAUGUGCCUAAACUCAUCAAAAUUGGCGAAGCUUCAUUACGAAGAUUACCAAAACGGCUGAAGAUGGUGCCCGUGAACUCUGAUGCACCGAGAGGUAAGUAAUACGUUAGGGGUAUUUGCCCGGGGUAACACUUGGGCUGGAGGGAGGGGGUCUGUGUAGGGUAGGGAGGUAGGGGUUUUGUAACUUUAGGGGUUAGUUCUCCUUUAAUAGAGCCAAACAAAAACACACUGUAAUUCAAGAUCCGCUGGUAAUACACAUGCUGCAAGCAGCCAGAGCACUCAUCCCCAAAAAUUGGAAAGAAUCUCAUCCCUACACCCUAAAAAAAUGGCAACAAUAGGUAUAGACUGUUGAUGUAAUACAUUGCAUACACCCCCCUCCUUUUUAUAACCUCUGUACCCCAAGAAAACUAUAAAUAAAGCUUUAAAAAAAAAUGUAAAAAAGCAGCGGGCUGAGAAUGGUGUGUGUUCAGGUUGAAGCAUAGCCUCUUCUCUUGAAUGAGAUUGGACAAUUAAAAUGCACCAAAUUGUGCCGUAGCAGGGAGAAAAAAAAGAUGAGUUAAAAUUUCCAAUUGUUUGGAUAAUCUGCAAUGCUAUAAAAUACAGGAUGUAAACAUUAAAUUGAUAGUUGAAUGGUAUUGAGCAGCUGCUCUAAUUGAAUUUGGCUUAUUUACAGGAGAAGUAUAAAGGAGAAGCUGUAGGAUAAUAAAGGAACAGUAACACCUAAAAAGUGUUUUCAAGUAAUAAAAAUGUAAUGUACUAAUUGAAGUAAUUAAAGGGAUAGUCAUGGAAAAACAUGUAUUUUUUUUACAAAACACAUUAGUUACUAGCACUCCUCCAACAGAAUCUGGCAUUGAAAUCUGUUUUGUUGUUUUUUAAUUUAAUUGUGAAAUGUGAUGUCUUGUUUAGACGUGUUUCUCAGGUACCCUCAGUCAUGUAACUUUGUGCUCUAAUAAACCUUAGUCUCUA